AUGAGCGGCCAGCCCAGCCCCGGACGGAAGGAGGACGGCCGCUUGUCGCUCGGACGCUCUGAGGCCGGAGGGCUGGGUCCGAGGAGACCUUGGAGAGUAGGGGAGGGGGAUCGUGAGCGAAAACGCGUCUCUUUGGGGUCCUGCUUCCUGUCCCUCCCACCCAAGGACAGGGACUUGUUUAUCUCGGGCCGCUGGUCACGUCCCCCUCUUCAGUGGAGAUUUCCAGGGGACAGUCCUCGACUCCCCACCUCGGGAGCAGCCGUCCAGCCUCUGAGCUGCAGCUCCCUGGUGUACGGGGUCCCCAGGGGCUCGGGGCCCCAAGCAGGGGGAGGGCUCCAGGGAGGCUGGCAUGGUGCCCAACGCAGCGGGCGUUCUCGGAGGAGAAAGCUGAGGUCACCUCCUCCCUUCAGUGGUUGGACCCCGGGGACCGACGCUGGCAGCCGGACGGGGGCUAGUCCCCUGCCUCGGUCCUGCACAUCAGUCAGUCGAACCAGUCAGUUAUCGAUCAAUCAUGUCUCAUUCAGUCAGAGCAGAUCCCUUAGUCUAAUGCCUGGGCUGUCAGCUGUGUUUUUCCAAUGGCCAGUGACGCGCUCAGCUUGGUCCCAGCUGGGGAAGGAGGAGCCUGUGACUCCACCCAAGGCUGGUUCAUUAACUGAUGUCUCUAUAGCAACCACGGGUGACAUCACAAGCUCCCAAGUCCUGAGGGGGAGAGGGAGGCAGGAGGCAACCAGCUGUAGACUUGGACCCUGGAGAGGAGACACAGGAAUGGGAAACCAGACUGGGAAGGGACCAAGAAGGGCAGCGUGGUGGAAAGAGCCCUCUGUUCUCCCAAGUGAGCAUCUGCCCCGCUGUGCCCAUCCCUGCCCUGGGAAGGACUCACCCCAAGAAUUGUUCACAAGUGCCCACAAGGACUGCUCUGUGCCCAGGGACAUAGAUUGCCCAGCCCCGGACCUCCCUUCCGGCUUCCUUCCCCCUACUGCUCCAGACCAUGUCACCAGCAAGGAAAAACAAAUGGAUUUCUGUUGGGAUCCCUGGCAGAAAUGCUUUCGGACACCCAAUGGCUUUCUGUCUGAGUCCAAGACCUGCUCUAGUAACUACAAUGUGGCCGCCCUAGCCACCUCAUCCCUAGUGGGUGUGGUGCAGAGUAUCAAGGACCACAUCACGAAGCCCACAGCCAUGGCUCGGGGCCGAGUAGCCCACCUGAUCGAGUGGAAAGGCUGGAGCGCCCAGCAGUCAGGCUGGGACCCAUCCCCCGCAGAGGAGGAACAUUACAGCUACCUCCCUGAUGAGCUUCGGGAGGCCCGAUUUGCAGCAGGUGUUGCUGAACAGUUUGCCAUCACUGAGGCCACACUGAGUGCCUGGUCAUCAAUAGAAGAUGAGGAGAUGUGCCAUGGAGAGAGUUCCCAGGAUGUCAUCCCCCUACAGGACCUCGGGAGCAUCUACCUGCAGGACAAUCUCCUGAAUGGGCCCUUGCUGGAGGGGAGCCUCCAGGCCUUCUCCUCCUCACUCUCCUCGUCUCUGCCUGCCCCUGGCCUGCCUGCUGAGAGCUGGGACUCCCCUGAAGAGCUGUCUACAGCGGGACCCUGGCCUCCCAGCCCUGAAAAGCAGCAGCUGUUGCUGCUGCCAGUAGAAGCAGAUGCUGGCGAGGGCCAAGCCCAAACAGAGUCCAGGACCCAGCUCCACAGCUCUCUCCGCUAUGUGGACAGCAGCUCCCUGUCAGAGGAUGAGGUCUUCUAUAACUGAGGCCGGGCCCUAGGCUGGCACUGGGCUGGGCCAGAGAAAGACACCAGUGGGAAGAAGGAGGAUCAGGGGCCCCUCCUUUCUUCACUGACCCCAUUGACCUCCCUGCCCUGAUGCACUUACCAAGGGGUGCCACAUGGGGCCUGCUUGCCCCAUCAGCUGUGGCUCAGGACCACAGGGCAUCAGAGUUUCCAGUGUCUAGAGAUGAGGGUUGCUCCCCUGCAGUGCACGGACUCAUGCCUCUCUUUGGGUCCUCUGACAUCAUGAUGAGAAGGGCAAGUCAGGCACCAGAUAGGCAUGGGGCCAUGGUGGAGUCAUUAAGACUCCUUAGAAAACCAAUUGGUGCCUCAGUUUAUCCCCUUGUUCAAUGGGAGCCAUAUCCCCCCACCCCUUUCCUUUCCCUUUCUGUUUGGAAGGUAAGCUGGCUCAGGAGUCUUCGAGAUGCCCGUUCUUCCCACAGCCUCUGACUUUCUUAGCCCUUCUUUGGGGCCCAGCAGAAUACUGAGCUCUGUGACAUCCAGCAUUGCCCCUGAAAAGUCCCCCUGCCACCUCCUUAGUGGGGGCACGGAGGGCACAGGAAGGUAGCAAGGGAUUGAGUGGGGUGUCUGAACCUCUGGGUUCCAUCCUCAGUCUCCCCCCACAUCUCACACUUCUAUGGGGGGAGAAGCUCUCUCUAACCCCUCAUUCCUUUUAUGCUUCUUCCUGCCCUCCUCCCCCAGCCCUCCUACAAGGUGGUGACUCCCUCCCCUGGCAGCUAAAGGCUGCCCUCUUGUCACUGUGACCAUCUGUCCAUCCUCACACUGUAGCACUUCCUGGGCACCCCAGGGGUUGGCUCCCAAGUUACUGGAGAUCCUUCCCUGAGACGUCCCAACAGGGCCUCCUUGGUGGACAGUCUUCUCUCUCUCCACGCUAUCCCUCCCCUUCCCCUACCCCCAGAUUCUCUGAAGACAUUAAAGUGGUGGAUUUGCCCAGUA